CAGUGUGGUACGAUAAGAUCGGGCAAACUGAGUUGAUAAAUAGGACGGUAUACUGACUCGGAGCAGUAUUUGGUCGCGUGACGCCGAGGCGUGCGCAUCUAACCGAAUCGUUGGCACGGUGAGAGUUCACAUUGGUCAAAAAUCAAUUUUACAUUUGUCGCAUUCAAUUUUUCUGACAAAAUUCGGAUACUAUCGAAAUAUAGUCGAGAGCUUAACAUCGAUAUGUUGAGAAAAUUAUUAAGCAAAUCUGGUCGCAGACUCCUCAGGGCUAUCAAGAAAUUAUCGACGAAAAGUCGGAAAGCGAAAAAGUCACGAAAUUUGAGUUCUUGGCACUCGACCAUACCGGAAUACGAAACGGAAUCUCUUUCAUGGUCUUUAUUAUCUCUGGAUACAAAAAGUAUCGAUACGUUCACAACUUACGUUGCCGAUAAUUCUGAAGACAGCGUUUCGAUGUGUUGUUAUUGCGACGAAUACGAAGAGAAUCAACGGAACGAAAACAUAGAAAACGAAAUGAUGAUCUAACAUUUGACGACAUUACGAUGAAUAUUUCAUCCAUGUAAUUAUUUUUAUCUUUUUUUUUCAAUUGAUACGAUUUCGAGAUAUCACAUCUUAAAAGUAUGUAUCCAUUGUGAAAAGAUCGACAAGAAACAUCGAAGACGUUUGCAAUCCAUUUUAUAAAAUAAUCGAAUGGGUUUAAUUAUUUUUUGAGAUAUAUAUAUAUAUAUAUAUAUUUUCAUAAAGAUUCUUUUGAAAGGAUCAUAAAGAACCACAUUCUUUUAUCGAAUAAGGUACUUUCUUUUAAAUAAUGAUUAAUGCAACGAACCGUUUAAGAGGUUAUAUUUUUUCGCAAUAGGUUAAUGCGUUUUUCAAAAUGAUAUUAUACUAUUAUAAAUAUGCACGUACUUUAAAUUAAGCUUAUUAUAUAGGUAUUUUUAUUUAUGAUAUUGAACUAUUCAUAUGAAAGAUAAAAAAAGGACGAUACACGUAGUUUUAUCAGUUUAACCAAAGAACGAUUACAUGUAUAUUAUGAUUUAUGUAUUAUGUAUAGUUUUUUCGCUUAGUAUUUAUUUAUUUAUCAUCUGAAUUUGACGAAUACUUUAAUCGUUAAAUCACAAGAGAGAAAAGGGGAAAAGUGCAGAAAGAAAAGAAAACGUUUCUCACCUUCUAUUGUUUUAAAAACUAUCGAUGUACGUACGCGUAUGUAUAUACGAAUUAUCUGUCGAUAAUCUGUUACCAACGAGGUGAUUUUAAAAUAUUAAGAUAUUCAUCGUUGAAAAUAUUUUCCGUGUAAAUAUUAUAUUUUCUCACAUAUGAUGUACAUAAAAAUAUCACUUGUUGUAGUAUAGAUUUAAUUUUGAAAAUUUCACUGUUUAAAAAUAACAUAGAAUAUAGUAUUAUAUAUACUAAGUGCAUUGCAACGAAUGCAAGAUAUACAAUUCAAUAUUAUACUCAUACACUUUUCUCACAGUAUUAUUCUCAAAUUGUUCAUAAUUUUUAUAACUAAAAAAUUGAUUAUAUCGAAUUAUUUAUUCGUUUCUUUCGAAAACUAUGAUUUUAGAUAUAUAUAUAUAGGAUUUGUACACGAUAUGUAUAUAAAAAAAUCACGUGAAUUUUAUGUAUAAUUAUUAUGUAUAUAGUUAUACGAUAUGUGCGAUAUGUACAUAGAUAUAACGAGUCUCGAUUCUUUUAAUGUAAGUAUGUUCGAUGAGGCUGUGACUUUUUAACGGAUGCGAAUGUCGUAUAAAUAAAAUAAUUUUCUCGAGGA